AUGUCUAUCCUGUUCAGAUCACCACCUUUUAGAAUUUUGAAGACCUUCCCUGUUGUCAAAGCGAUCACCACUCGUUUUGAAACCUUGACAGGCACCACUGGGAAAAUACCCGAUACCACAAGCCAGAGUAAAAGCUUCUCGGGAUCUUCUUCAAAGUUAGUCGAAUGGAAAGAAAUCAGCAACGGCCAACCGGAGUUCCAGAGCCUUGACAUCGUGGCCAGCGUUGACAUGGAAACUGUAUCUAUGGACGCAAAUAAAUUUCUGGAGACGAUGAAAAAAGCAUGGAUCAGACUACGUUAUCUUCAUUCUACUCUUGCCACUGAAGUCGGCCAAAACAAAUUCCGGUACAUGCCUCUCAAAGAUCAAGCGGAUGUUGAUAAUUUGCUGGAGAAGACUUUCAUCGUGAAAGAGUGA